AUGGAUGCACGGCCCUUCAGACCUCGCGGUGGCGAGAAUGCCGUCCCCUCCCUCCAUCAACGGCACAAAUCGACGGGCAACCUGUCGAGCAAACCUCUAAACGGCGUCAAUCCCGGCUUCCGUGGCCCUGCCAAGCGCGCCGCUUUCGGCGACGUGACAAACACCACCAAGCACCACAAUGUCGUCGGCCUUGGACGCGACGGCCACAAGGUGCACAAAGCCCACUCCGUCCUCAACCUCGACCGAUCGUCUCUGAACUCCAACGCUGCCAAGGAGAACACAAUCUCCGUCUCCAAGGACCCGCUUACGCGUCCGGCAGAGAAGGCCCAACCUCUGUCGAGCAAGAGCGCCAACAUCAGCAUCAGCAUCGGCAGCAGCAGAAACAACACCGACGCCGGCAAGGCCCCGGCCAAGAAGAGCAGCGUCGUGACCGUCGACGUCAAGCCCGCGGCAGUCGGCAGGGAAAGCCUGCUGUCUGCGCGUGAGGACACCCGCGGGACGCACACGGAGACGCAGGCAGUCGAGCCUCGUCACCGUCAGAGCCAGCCGCGGCUCAAGCAGCCGCAGCCGGAGCCGGCUCCUCGAAAGACCCAAGGUCGGGACCUCGACAGCCUGACCUGCCAGGAUCUGGUGGGCCGUCAUGACGCGCGGGACAAGGAGCCCGACGUGUCUCUCCCGCCGCUGUCGGACGCGCCCACGCACAGCGCCCAGCUGACGUCGGCCGCCUCGUCUGAUAGGGACAGCGCCGCCACCGUAUCGUCGGAAGCCUACGACGUGCUGCCCAGCGACCAGAUGGACAUGGUCGCACGCAUCCUGCGUGCCCAGGACGACACGACGCUCGAUGAGCUGAUCGGGGGCCACGGCCAGGACGAACCCGCCGUCCCCGCGCUGUCCGUCACGUACGGGGAGCCGGCCGUCGAGGCUGUCGGCCCCGCCGCCGACAACCAGACGACGACGCUGUCCGAGACGGAGGAGCAGUGGUACGACGACGAAGAGUCCUGCGAGGAUGACGACCAGGGCUACACAACGUCGCACUCCCUCCGAUCCCGCGACAUGACGGGCGGCGUCACGACGCUGCUACAGCCCCGGGUCACGUCGCGUGUGCAGCGUGAGCUGGACGAGGCCAAGGCCGAGGUCCUGGCCACGCGACCGCCCGAGGAUGUUGAUGAUGAAGCCUGGGACGUCAGCAUGGUUGCCGAGUACGGCGACGAGAUCUUUGACUACCUGCGGGAGAUGGAGGUCAAGAUGCUGCCGAACCCGCACUACAUGGAGCACCAGACCGAGAUUCAGUGGUCGAUGCGCGCGGUCCUUAUGGAGUGGCUGGUGCAGGUCCACGGACGCUUCCACCUGCUCCCCGAGACGCUCUUCCUGACGGUCAACUACGUGGACCGAUUCCUGUCGAGCAAGGUCGUCUCCAUCGGCAAGCUCCAGCUGGUGGGCGCGACGGCCAUCCUCGUGGCCUCCAAGUACGAGGAGAUCAACUGUCCGUCCCUGCAGGAGAUCGUCUACAUGGUGGACGGCGGGUACAGCGCGGAAGAGGUGCUCAAGGCCGAGCGCUUCAUGCUCAGCAUGCUCGGCUUCGAGCUCGGGUGGCCCGGUCCGAUGAGCUUCCUCCGGCGAGUCAGCAAGGCCGACGACUACGACUACGACACGCGUACGCUGGCCAAGUACUUCCUCGAGCUGACCAUCAUGGACGAGCGGUUCGUGGCGUCGACGCCCAGCUUCCUGGCGGCGGGCGCGCACUGCCUCUCGCGCCUGAUCCUCAACAAGGGACCCUGGACCAAGGCGCACGUCCACUACUCAGGCUACACGUGGGGUCAGCUCAAGCCCCUCGUCACCAUGAUGAUCGAGUGCUGCGACGACCCGGACAACCACCACCGCGCCGUCUUUGACAAGUACGCCGAGAAGAAGUUCAAGGAGGCGUCCGUCAUGGUGCAGUCCGUCCUCGAUGCCGGCUUCACCCUGCCUCACGAUACCAUGCCUGUCAGGGUCAGGCAAGCCGGCCACGCGGGCGCGUCGUACAUGGAUGACCUGAACAUGCAACCUGCUCCUCUGAGCAUUGCUUAG